UUGCUUUUCUACAAAACUCAAGAGAAUUGUCUCCAUCUCUUCUUAUUUAAUUCUCCUUUUGGGAAUUGGCUGAGGGACCUUUGGUGUCUUAAAGGUAUGGAUUUGAAUAAUGUUGAGUCACCAUUUUCAUUUGACCUUGGUGAUGAACUAUUGCCUCUUCCUUCUCUUUCUUGCAUAGAUAAUUGUUUUGUUCCUCAGUUCCCCUCCAUCUUGGAGAAUAACAAUAAUAACUCAAUUACUGUCUCUCCAAGACCCAAAAAUGGUCGCCGGAAAAAGCCACCGGCCAAUACUUCAGAUGAUAAAGACGAUGAGAACAACUCCAAUGAACACAAAAAGAAGAAGAUUAUGCAUAGAGAUGUGGAGCGCCAAAGAAGACAAGAAAUGUCUUCUCUUUAUUCCACUCUUCGUUCACUUCUUCCUAUUGAAUAUCUCAAGGGAAAACGGUCGAUAUGCGAUCACAUGCACGAGACAGUUAAGUACAUUCGGUAUAUGCAAAGCAAGAUCCAAGAACUAUGUGAUAAAAGAGAUGAGUUGAAAAAAUUACAAUCCAAUAACCAAAAUCCAGACAUGGUAGAAACAGAAACAUUAAAAUCUACAAAAAGAGACAAAGUUGUGGUGAGAGCAAGAGAUGGAUCAGGAGGAAUUCAGGUUAUUUUAGACACUGCCACUCGACAUAGACUCCCUCUUUCAAACAUUCUUGUAGCUUUAACUGAUCAAGGCCUUGAAAUCCUUAGCUGCAGCUCCAACAAACUAAAUGACAGGUUCCUUCACACCAUUGAAUCUCAACCUGUCUUUACCUCUACCAAUUCUCCGAUAAUCGACGUUUCUGGCCUUCAAUAUACGUUGACAAAUUUGGAGUAUUGUCCUUUGGAUUAAUAAUCGUCAUUGUCGUUCGUCCUGUUGCUAGUUCUAUCUGGUAGAUUUAUGGUGAAACCAUUUUUCUUGCAAGAAGAAUCUUGAAUAAUAGGCAGUUUUGUAGUAGAUCUCUCUCUCUCUCUCUCUCUCUCUCUCUCUCUCUUUUUUGUUAAUGUUUGUACUAUGAAUAUUUAUGAUUCAAAUUCUACUUCUGUGGGAGAAAUUUAUCAAAAAUACUUAUCUUCAGCAAA